AUGGAUCCAGGAAAUUCCAACCCGCAAAAGUUCGAUCCGACUGACACGUCCACCGUUUCCAAUCGCUGGAAAAAGUGGAAGAGAUGUUUCGAGAUUUUCCUGGAUGUACAGAAUGUCACCAUUCCGGAACGUAAAAGAUCCUAUCUACUCCACUAUGCUGGAAGCGACGUGCAGGAUAUAUACUUCAACUUAAAAGGAGAAGCAGAACUGGAAGUGCCGGAAGAUUCAAAUGUGUACAAGGAAGCAGUACAACUACUGGAUAACUACUUCUUGCCGCUGAAGUGUCUGCCCCGCGAGAGGCAUAUUUUCCGGAACUUGGAACAGGCAUCAGACGAAUCCAUCGAGAAAUUUGUGCUGCGUUUGCGCGAACAGGGUAGUUUGUGCGACUACGGUGAUUGGCUCGAAGAAAAUAUUAAAGAGCAGAUUUUCGAACGGGGAUAUUCUGACGAACUUAGAGCGAAGAUAUUGACGAAAGGUGACAUAACACUGGCGCAAACAGUCGAAAUCGGUCGUUCGCUAGAGACUAUAGCGAAGCACCGACGCAAUCUUCAAAAGCAGGAGGAGAUAAACCGAAUUGCUCGCCAAGGAGAAUGCUUCCGGUGUGGCCAUGAAGGUCACUACGCAAACGACGAAGAGUGUCCAGCACGAGACCAGGAGUGCGAAAAAUGUCAUUUGAUAGGACACUACAAACGAUGCUGCAAAACGAAGACGAAGAACACACGCAAGAAGAAGUUUGCGGGAAAAGAAAUACGACGUAAGAGCAAAGUCCGUCAAGUUGUAAGCGAUGAUUCGGUCACAGAAGAAGAUCAAGAUUCCACGUCAGAUGAAGAAGAACCUCUCAACUAUGUUUUCGCUACGAAUCCCGACCAAUCUGAUCUCGCAAAGUGCAAAAUUGGAGGAGUUAAAUUAAGCUGGACGAUUGAUUCCGGAGCAGGAGUAAACGUAAUUAGCAGUGACACUUGGGAGUUUCUGAAGGACCGCAACGUGAAGGUGGACUACCAAACCAAUCAAGUUUCAAAAUCGUUGGUGGCCUACGGGAACAACAAACUUGCGGUAAAAGGCAUGUUCGUUGCGGAGAUUGCGACGAAGAAAUCGUCAAUCAUAGACAAGGUGUACGUCGUCCAUGAAGGAGGAAGCAACUUGCUGGGUCGAAAAGCUGCUGUAAAGCUCGGCAUUCUAAAAAUUGACACGUCGAUUUGUGCGGUGGAGUCCAGCGAAGAAAAAAUCGGCAAGGUAAAGGAUGUGGUAGUGACAGUGCAGCUAAAUCCAACAGUGAAGCCAAUUCAACACACUCAAAGCCGUGUUCCGAUUCCACUUCAGCUAAAGGUCGAGAAAGAAAUAAAUAAGCUACUGCAACAAGACAUCAUCGAAACAGCUCCGAGGGAUUCACCGUGGAUAUCACGGUUGGUAGUACGGCCAAAAGGCGCUAAUUCAGAAGAGGUCCGUUUGUGUGUGGAUAUGCGCGAUGCCAACAAAGCCAUCAUUCCACAACACCACCCACUACCUACUUUCGACGACAUCAUACCGCACUUGAACAAUUGCAAGGUGUUUUCUAAAAUUGAUCUCAACAAGGCUUUCCACCAAAUUGAGCUUGCUGAGGAGUCCCGUGGGAUAACAACAUUUGCUUCACACAAUGGAUACUUCAGAUACAAACGCCUCACCUUCGGCAUGAAUUGUGCGUCGGAGGUUUUCCAAAACGUGAUUGAAAGGGUAUUAGCUGGAAUACCUGGAGUAAAGGUCUUCAUCGACGACAUGCUCGUAUAUGGAAGAGAUCGGGAGGAGCACGAUCGAGCACUGGUGAUGGUCCUGAAGCGAUUGAAAGAGUACGGAAUUACGAUCAACAAAAGAAAAUGUGAAUUCGGGCGGAGCCAAGUCACUUUUAUGGGGCACCGCCUGGAUGGAAACGGAAUAAGCCCUUCGGAGGAAAAAGUCGACUCUAUUCGUCGAUUUCGUUGCCCUGAGAAUGUAGAAGAAGUGCGAAGCUUCCUGGGGUUAGCAAAUUACCUCGGCAAGUUCAUCCCUAACCUUUCGACCUUAACUGCACCGCUUAGGGAGCUGCUCCACAAGAAUGUUCGCUUCAAAUGGAUUCCUGAGCACACCGAGGCAUUUGAUAAAGUGAAAGAGGCUCUGGCAGACCCCAGAAACCUCGGUUAUUAUUCCCCGUACGACGAGACGAUCGUGAUAGCCGAUGCGAGCCCAGUGGGUCUGGGCGCAGUUUUGCUGCAGGUUAAGGACGGACAGAAAAGACCGAUCUGCUACAUAAGUAAAGGACUGUCCUCGGCGGAGAGGGGUUAUGCGCAGAACGAGCGGGAAGCCCUUGCACUUGUGUGGGCGGUGGAGCGAUUGGAACCAUAUCUUCGGGGAUUGGAGUUCAAAUUGGUCACGGAUCACGAACCACUGAAAGUAAUCUUCAAUUCUAAGCGUAAACAGUGUUCCAGAAUCGAACGGUGGGCACUCAGGUUGCAGUCAUUUCGGUUCCAAAUCGUUCAUGUCUCCGGAAAGGCCAAUAUUGCGGACCCGCUGUCGAGACUUCCAAAAUUUCAAGACUGUACCACAUAUGAUCGGAAAGGAGAAACGCUAUUGUUGGCCGUACUGGAAGCUGCAAGGCCUACGGCGCUUUCGUUAAACGAGAUCGUUGAAGAAACCGUCAAGGAUGUACAUCUGGCAGCCGUAAAAGAAGCUUUGCAUACUGGCAAAUGGAGCGACGAACUCAAGAAAUAUUACCCAUUUCGUGAAGAAUUGAGUGAAUCCAACGAAAUUGUCUUGCGAAACGACAGAAUAGUGGUUCCGGUUAAUCUACGGCAGCGAGUGCUGAGCCUGGCACACAUAGGGCACCCAGGCAUCGAGAGGACGAAGCAACGCUUGCGGAGCAAGGUGUGGUGGCCAAACGUUGAUAAGGAUGCGGAGAAAAUGGUCAAAUCAUGUUUGGACUGUCAGUUGGUCACAGGGUCAGUAACUCCCGAAGCAAUGAACGUAAGAGAGCUCCCGCAACAACCGUGGCACGUGUUAGCAAUGGAUAUUUUGGGUCCGCUGCCAUCUGGUGAUUCGAUUCUCGUGGUAAUUGACCUAUACAGCCGCUACCGAGUUAUUGAAAUACUUCGUUCCACAACAACUGAAGACAUCGUGGGGCGGCUUGACCAGACGUUCAUGCGACUGGGCAUACCCGGUUUGCUGAUCGCUGAUAACGCUCGUAACUUCAGCAGCCAGAAGAUGCUAGAUUUUUGCAGAUUGAAUGGCAUAGAAUUGAGGCACACCACUCCUUAUUGGCCUCAAGCUAAUGGUGAGGUGGAGCGUCAGAACCGCUCCAUACUGAAGAUCCUGAGGAUUUCUGCGCUGAACGGUACCGAUUGGCGAAAGGAUUUGCAACAGGCAAACUACGUCUACUUGUUAACGAAACACCCGGCGACUGGGCGCUCACCGGCUGAGGUCGCUUUCGGAAGAAGAUUCCGAGACUGGAUUCCACAAAUUCCUCUGACUAACGAGGAUGACGAGAUUCGCGACAACGAUAAGGUGUACAAAAACAUGGCCAAGAAAUAUUUUGACUCCCAUCAUGCAACGCACCAACUGGAUCUGCAGCCUCAAGACCGUGUUUUAAUGCGUAAUCUCCUACCCCAGAACAAACUUGCGCCGUUGUAUCAUGCUGACCCUGCCAAAGUCAUUCAAACAAAGGGUAAUAGCGUGGUGGUGGAAACAAGCGAUGGCAGACGAUAUCGCAGGAAUUCAGCUCACCUUAAAAAGCUCCAUCAUGGUAACGAGAACGAAGAGGAGCAGCAGUGUGUGACAAUGGAGGAAAAUUCAAGUGCUGGGCCGGAAGCUGAGUGGGCUACACCUUUGUCCACAUCGCGCCUGGAGUCUAGUACACCAAUUGUCAACGACGAGAACCAACAACGCAGGGAAACACUUGGACGACCAAAGCGGGCUACAAGACGUCCGCUUCGUUACGAAGACUUCGACCUGGAAUAA